GACAUACUGCUUGGCAUAUAGCCCAGCCCAGCAUACAGAGUGCAAGUCAACCAACAGAAAAUUAAAAAAUAAAAGUGCCUUUACAGCAAAUUUUCUCUACACUUUUUCCCCUUCUUCUGCGCUCCUUUUGUCUUCUUUUUGUUGAUUCUAUAUAUUACACACUUGUUGUUUCCUCAUAUUAUAUUUUUCUUUUAGAAAGAACCCAUCUAUUUAUUUGUUUACUGUAGAAGAAAAUGACCUCGAUAUAUAACUUUAAGAAGAUUGCGCCCGUGCCUGAGGCUGGCGACUUCCUGGAUAUUGUCCUGUCCAAGACGCAGCGCAAGACGCCGACAGUGGUGCACCCUGGAUACAAGAUCACGCGCAUCAGGCAGUUCUACAUGCGCAAGGUCAAGUUCACACAGGAGACUUUCGACGAGAAGCUGCGCCAGAUCCUUGACGAGUUCCCCGUGCUCGACAACGUGCACCCGUUCUACGCCGACCUGAUGAACGUGCUGUACGACAAGGACCAUUACAAGCUGGCGCUUGGACAGAUCAAUACCGCCAAGCAUCUGAUUGAUUCCGUCGGCAAGGACUACGUGCGCCUGCUUAAGUUUGGCGACUCCCUGUACAGGUGCAAGCAGCUGAAGCGUGCGGCGCUGGGUCGUAUGGCGACCAUCAUGAAGAGGCAGAAGGACUCGCUGAGCUACCUUGAGCAGGUGCGCCAGCAUUUGGCGCGUCUGCCAACGAUCGACCCCAACACGCGCACGCUAAUCGUCUGCGGCUACCCCAACGUCGGCAAGUCGUCGUUCAUGAACAAGGUGACGCGCGCCGACGUCGACGUCCAACCCUAUGCGUUCACGACAAAGUCGCUGUUUGUCGGCCACAUGGACUACAAGUACCUGCGCUGGCAGGUUAUCGAUACCCCCGGUAUCCUUGACCACCCUCUGGAGGAGCGCAACACCAUUGAGAUGCAGUCGAUCACUGCGCUGGCGCAUCUGCGCGCCGCCGUGCUGUUCUUCAUCGAUCUGUCUGAGCAGUGCGGCUACUCGGUCCAGGACCAGAUGAGCCUGUUCAACUCGAUUAAGCCCCUGUUUGCCAACAAGCCGACGGUGCUGGUCAUCUCCAAGAUUGAUGUCUGCACUCUGGACGACCUCAAGCCUGAGGAGCGCCAGCUGGUUGAGUCUGUCCGCGAGGAGGGCAUCGAGCUCGCGCAGCUCAGCUCCUACCAGGAGACCGGCAUCACCGAGACGCGCGACCUGGCUUGCGACAAGCUGCUGCAGCAGCGCGUCGAGAUGAAGCUCAAGGGAAACAAGAUUACCAGCGUGCUCAACAAGUUGAACGUCGCCCAGCCCGGCCGUCGCGACACCGUGCAGCGCCCGGCGCAUAUCCCCGAGUCCGUGCUUAAGCGCCGCAAGGUGCAGGAGGACGAGGACGAGGAUAUGAUGGACCGGCAGCUGGAGCGUGAUAUGGAACUCGAGGGCGGUGGCGCCGGUGUCUACAACGUCGACUUGAAGAAGCGCUACAUGCUGGCGUCCGACGAGUGGAAAUACGACAUUAUCCCCGAGAUUCUCGACGGCAAGAAUGUCGCUGAUUUCAUCGACCCCGAAAUCGAGGAGAAGCUGGCUGAGCUCGAGCGCGAGGAGGAGAAGCUUGCCGCUGAGGGUCUCUACGACUCGCCGUCGGACUCUGAGGACGAGGAGGAGAAGCGCAUCCGCAGCACCGCGCGCCGCAUCCGCUCGCGCAAGCAGGUUAUCGCGCAGGAGUCGCGCCUCAACGAUGUCAACCGCGCGACACUCACCACUAAGCAGAAGGCCGCUGUGUCGACGUCCGAUGACUUUGCCGAGCAUCUGCAGAAGCUUGGUCUCAACCCGAGCCUUGCCGAGGAGACUGCGCAGCGUGUUGGUCGGAAGAGAGGCCGCUCGGAGUCGCGCGAUCCUGCGACUGUCCUGGCCAGGUCCUCCAGCGUUGCUGCCCGCGCCGUGUCCGCUAUUCGCGACCGGUCGACCUUGGGUCUCAGGGACGCGCGCCAGUUGAUCGCCACUGAGAAGAGCAAGGCCAUGUCCAUGCGCCAGAUGAACCUGAUGGCGAAGGCCGGAGAGGCCGAUCGCUCUAUCCAGACAAAGAAGCCCAAGCAUCUGUUUACUGGAAAGCGCUCCAUCGGUUCCAACGAUCGCCGUUAACCGCAAACAAAAAGAAAAAAUUCUCAGACUUCAAAUGUUUCUUUUUUCAGUUAUAUCUUUCCUUUUUCAAUUUUCUCUUUUUCAAAACAAAACAAAACAUUAUAUACAU